UCGGCGCAGGAGUGCGUACUGACGUCUGCGGCAAUAUGGCUCGCUCAUUUCUUCUAUGGGGCGUAUUGGCGGUUGGCAUCGUUGUGGAAGGACUGGUGGCGCCGGUGCCUCCUGAGCCGCUGUCGAGGGAGAAGAGACAGCUGGGACAGUUCGACCUUCCUGUGACCACCGAGGAACUCUGCAGGAACAAGGACAACGAGGAAUUCUUCAGGCUGCCGACCGUGCCAGAUUGCAGGGAUGUCUUCAGAUGCGACCGCAGCGGCACCAACGGACCGAUCCGCCUCGCCGCUGUGCGUUGUCCGAAUGCCUUGGCUUUUGACGUCGACAAUCAAGUCUGUGACUGGAAGCAGAACGUCAAGAAUUGUGAUAGACUGGAGCGCCCCCGGAAGGUGAAGCCCCUCCUGUACACGGAUGAGCCGAUCUGCCCGCCCAACCAGCUGGCCUGCGGCGACGGCACCUGCAUCGCCAAGGCCUUCUUCUGCAACGGCAACAAUGACUGUGCCGACGGUUCCGAUGAAAAUGCGUGCAACGUGCGCGAGGACCCGAACCGCGCGCCGAAGUGCGACAAGGAGCAGUGCAUCCUCCCCGACUGCUUCUGCUCCGCCGACGGCACGCAGAUCCCCGGCAACCUGGGCCUCAACCAGACGCCCCAGAUGAUCACCAUCACCUUCUCCGGCGCCAUUAAUGAGGGCAACAUCGACCUGUAUCAAGACAUCUUCCAUGAGAACAACAAGAACGCCAACGGCUGCCAGAUCAAGGGCACCUUCUUCGUGUCACACAGGUACACCAACUACUCGGCCGUCCAGGAGCUCCACCGCAAGGGCCACGAGAUCGCCGUCUUCUCCAUCAGCAACCGCGCCGAGGCCUCCUACUGGACCGACGGCACUUACGACGACUGGCUCACCGAGAUGGCCGGCGCGCGCCUCAUCAUCGAGAGGUUCGCCAACAUCACGGACAACUCCAUCAUCGGCGUCCGCGCCCCCUACCUGCGCGUCGGCGGCAACACGCAGUUCGAGAUGAUGACAGAUCAACUCUUCAUCUACGAUGCCUCCAUCACCGCCCCUCUGGACCGCGUCCCCCUUUGGCCCUACACCCUCUACUUCCGCAUGCCCCACAAGUGCCACGGCAAUGCCCAGAACUGCCCCUCCAGAUCCCACCCCGUCUGGGAGAUGGUCGUCAACGAGCUGGAUCGUCGCGAAGACCUCAAGCACGACGAGAAGCUCUCCGGCUGCCACUUCGUCGACUCGUGCACCAACAUCCGGGACGCAGAACAGUUUGAGAAGCUGCUCCACAACAACUUCAACAGGCACUACAACACGAACCGCGCCCCGCUCGGCCUCCACUUCACCGCCGCCUGGUUCAAGCGGAACAAGGAAUUCAAGAACGUCCUCCUGAAGUUCAUCAACGAAAAGCGAGCGCAGAACGACGUCUACUUCGUCACGCUCCUCCAGGUGAUCCAGUGGAUGCAGAACCCCACGGAGGUCACCGCCAUCCGGGACUUCGCGGAUUGGAAGGAGAAGUGCGACGUGAAGGGGCAGCCGUACUGCUCGCUGCCCAACUCGUGCCCUCUGCGGACCCACGAGCUGCGCAACGAGGAGCUCAACCUCUACACGUGCAUGGAGUGCCCACGCAACUACCCCUGGCUCCUGGACCCCACUGGCGACGGCCUUGACCUCGUGUGAGGAGGAGGAGCAGUUGGAGUCCUUCCGCUGGCAAGGAUACCAUGUAGCAAUAUUCCCAAAUGAGACCCGAGGUCUGACCGUACAGUAUAGAAUCUAGUCUUUAUAUUUUCGGGCCUGGUGCCUGAUUUAUUCUUUGUUUGUAUACGUCCUCUUAACUCCUUCAAGUAACACUGGACCAUGUUUUUUUUCCCAAAGAAAAAUGAAAAAGAGAUCCUCAUACCUGCUCAAGUAACGAAAGCCUUCAGUGGCUGGGGUUGUGUUUUGUUAUUUAUUCAACCUAUACCCCUCCCCCCUACCCCUCCCGCACCGCCACAGUAUUGCCAAUGAUAGCACAUGUUACAAAGGGCAUCAUGCAGUCCCAUCAAACAAAAUCAUCCAUUCCGUUCGAAUUCCCUUCCUCCUUAUCAUGACAACGCCUUCGUCUAAUUCGUCUUUCGCGUGUUCGAAAAAUAUGAACGUUCCACGAAGAACUUUCCUCAUUACCUAAGACAGUAUUCUCCCCAAUGCACCCUCCUACCUCGCACACAAACCAACUAUUCCAAAGGCAAAGAUGUUUUAAACCGAUCCCAUUCUACCUCGUCCCACUGGCUGAUCUGUUUUUUUUUCUUUUUUUUUUUUUCUUUUUUGUAAUACAUUUAUCAGAUCUGUCCAAGACUCCCACCCCUUCCUAACACCCCCUCCCCGACCCCCAAUAUUACCCUCAAAGUAAUGAAUCAAAGUUACCCAUUAACAAACAUAUCUAAAACUAAGAUACAAACGCGUUUUAUGACAAUAAAUCUUCAGUGAGGUUGAUGAGUAUGAAGUAUGGUUGCAAGAACUUCAUUCAAUUUUCUUCCUUUUGUUUUCUUCACUAACAACGAUAUGACUUUUGUUUGAGUGUUAAAGGCCAGGAUUUUUUUUCUUCUUUUUUUUAGAUACUGAAUGACUGUUGCUGGCCUUCCUGAGUAUGCUUAAUGUUACCUCUUUCCUUUCUUGUUUAAACUUAAGGUCCUAUGCUGUAAAUUGCCUCUGUUUGAUCUGUUAUUUUGUCUGAAUAUGUAUGUUGUGAUUUUUUUAUACCAAUUGACGACAACUUUCCAAUGUGUAUGUUGCGUGUCUUCAAUAAAUAUA